ACCUUAGCAAAACGUUUUGCAACGGAAACGGCUUUGCGACAAAAAAAAACAAGGGUUCUAAUUGGACAGGUUCAGUGUUCCCUGCGCGUUUCGACAUUGCGCAAAGUGCGUAUCUGGAACCCACCCAAGGCGGGGUGUGGGCCGAUUUAACACGGAGCAGUUGUGGAACAGCGCUUGAUCCGAGCAGGACCCAUAUUACUUCAGAGGGACUCUGUAUUGUAAAGUAAACACAUUGAGGUAGGUAACUAGCUAAUAAAUAAUGCUGUGCUUGGCUUUUCUAUGUUUAGCCAUUGCUGACUGGGAUGUGAAAUUGUUUGAUGCUUUGUGUUUCAGGAGCUAAGAGAAACAGCUAGCUAGCUAGAGAAAUAGCUAGCUAGCUAACCAGCCAGUUGUCACGUCAAACCAAAACCAGGAUAGAAAGACAGCCAUUACAUUACUGUAUGCGGUGUAUGUCUAACAUUGUAUAGGUAAUACCAAUAUCUAGCUAGUUAUGUUAUUAAAUUAGCUAGCUAACAAGUAGCCGAACUUUGCUAGCCACCCACCAUCUACAGUAUGAUUAAUUUAUGCUGCGUUCAUAACCAAGUGGGAAGGUGGUAAUUAUAAUUUGUGAAGUCGUAAGCAGUGGCUGCUCCUGAAAAAAUUCUCAGGGGGGGCAAUUUUUCUGAUGAUUUAGGUGACCUACACACAUUUUAAAAAAGAUAUGUCCAGCAACAACAUGAAGACAGGGGCAGCAUAUAAGUCAAUCCUGAUAUACACAUUACUUGCUUCAAAAAGGCCUCAUGGUUGAAUUGGAAAUAUGUGCACCUGAGCAUAAUUCACAACAAGCAAGCAGGAGCUUUUGGUAGAGGCUACUGAAAACAUUGAUGCAAGUUAUUGGUAAUAAGACAUUUUUAUAGACUUCCAUAUUCUGCCCUCUUGUAUAGAUUUGUGAAAAUGAACAGUGAUAGACAUUUAGCCUGAAAACAGAAUUUGAAAAUAAUUUAUAGAAAAGGUAAACACAGCUAUCUGUAUGGCUUUGUAAAAAUGAACAACCAUAUUCUGGCCAAUUGUAUAGAUUUGUAAAUAUGAACAACCAUAUUCUGGCCAAUUGUAUAGAUUUGUAAAAAUGAACAUGAACAGAUUUUUUUUUUUUACUUAAAAAAAAAUGAAAAAUAACUAUUUUAAACAACAUCAACUGUGAACUGAUUUGGGCGUGUGUAUGUUAAAGAGACAGACAGGGAGGGACAAAGAGAGAGAGAGAGGCUACAUUACUUGUACUGAAACUGUUCUAGCUUGCUGCAUGAUCAAAUUCAGCUGAUGCGCAUAGCAAUGCACGUAAUGGGCAUUCUUGAAAUGCUUACGCACCUUUUGCUGCACACCAGCCUUCUCUCCCCUCACACUGGCUCCAUCGUAAGCUUGCGCAAUGAGUUUGACUUUCUCGUCGUCUGCAAAAAGACCGUUCAGUCUCUCCAAAAGCACACUGGCGAUUGAGACUGAGGUUGAUUCCGAGAUGGGAAGGAACUCAAAAAAGCGCUCCUGCACUUUGUGGUUGCUAUCUAUGUACCUCAGCACAAGCACCAGCUGUGUCUGUGUAGAAACGUCCGUGGUCUCGUCAGCUUGGAUAGCUACGAAGUUCGCCGACUUCACCUCCUCCACAAUAUGUUCCCUCAUGACCGCUAGCAUACACUCCAGUAGCUCGUUUUGAAUGGUCUUUGAUGUUCCCUUGAAAACUUUAGCAUUUUUAAGAUGGUCAUCAAACACCUCAUCUAAUUGUGCCACAAAGUUGACAAGUCCAAGAAAAAUACCAGGGUUGGUGGCGCCCUCAGUUUCAUCUUUGCCUCGCAAAGCUAGCCAUCUUGACAGUUGUACGUGAAUUGAUUGACGCUGCUACCCGCUCUUUUCUUAGUUAUGUUCAUGGUUACUUAUGUUACGUAUGACGAAAGCGCGUAAGUGCAAGCCCUCCCGGAACCCAUAGAGAUUGUAUUGAAAGCUCUGAUAUUUGAAAAAAAAAAUAUUUUACAUGAUAGUCUAUGAGAGACUCCUGGGCGAUUUUCAACCUGACUGAAAUCACCCCAAAAGGGGCGGGGCCAUUUGAAGCACGACUUUAGCCUGAUUGGACAUUUAGUGGCAGAUCAGACGUCUAGAUUAGACCACUGAAAACUACUGUUGCCGUGAUAUAAUUGAUUAGAAAAAAAAUCCCUUCCUUUUCCCGUUUGGCAGUGCGUCGCCCAUAUCGCCCUAAUGAACACACCGCCCCUGGUCGUAAGUACUAGUUAGACGCGUUCACGUACUUUGAAGUCGUUGAGAAACGCCAAUUAGCUAAUGGCCAUCAAGCUGGGUCAACCAUAAACUAAAAGUACAGCUAUCAUGCUUGUACAAUUGUGUUAAAAAACCAUACUAAUAUAUAUAUUUUUAAUGAUGUUUUGUUACAUUUAACUCCCCAAAAUGCUGUAAUCGAGGUCAUUUCCCUAGUAGGUGAUGUCAGAGGUCAGCAUGUGGGAGAAGUUGGAGCUCAGGGAUGAUAGACUAUUUUCCUUCUACACAGAACAAAACUAUAAACUCAACAUGUAAAGUGUUGGUCCCAUGUUUCAUGAGCUGAAAUAAAAAAUCCCAGAAACGUUCCAUACACACAAAAAGCUUUAUCUCAAAUGUUGUGCACAAAUUUGUUUACAUCCCUGUUAGUGAGCAUUUCUCCUUCACCAAGAUAAUCCAUCCACCUGACAGGUGUGGUAUAUUAAGAAGUUGAUUAAAUGGCAUGAUCAUUACACAGGUGCACCUUGUGCUGGGGACAAUAAAAGGCCACUUUACAAUGUGCAGUUUUGUCAAACAACACAAUGCCACAGGUUUUGAGGGAGUGUGCAAUUGGCAUGGGGGAGUAUUUCUGUCUGUAAUAAAGCCAUUUUGUGGGGAAAAACUCAUUCUGAUUGGCUGGGCCUGGCUCCCCAGUUCAUUAGGCCCUAAUCUAUGGAUUUCACAUGACUGGGCAGAGGUGCAGCCAUGGGUGGGCCUUGGAGGGCAUUGGCCCACCCACUUGGCAGCCAGGCCCACCCAUGGCUGCACCCCUGCCCAGUCAUGUGACAUUAGGGCCUAAUGAACUUAUUUAAAUUAACUGAUUUCCUUAUAUGAACUGUAAUUUAGUAAAAUCAUUGAAAUUGUUGCAUGUUGCGUUUAUAUUUUUGUUCAGUAUAGUAAUUACGAGUUGAAGGGGCGAUCAAGUGGAUUUUUUCCCUGUUCUAUAUGGUAAAUACCACCUUCCCACUUGGUUAUGAAGGCAGCAUUAACUCAUCCGCAGGCUAUUGCUGCAUUUGGGUGGAAGUGUCUGGGCAGGGCGGACUGGAUUAAUUCGCCUAGUGAACCUGUCAAUUUUUUUGUUGUUGCUCAAAAUGAUCAUUAUCUGGCUAAUAAUGGGGGCCUCAAGAAACAAAAUGGGCCAGUGUGGAGGCUCGAGGUAAAAAAUGGUCCGGUGUGUUAGAAAUGCCAUGGCUGAUAUCUGGUCCCAGUCCGCCCCUGCGUCUAGGAAUGAGAUUAUGAUUAAAGGUGCAAUAUGCAGAAAUCGCUCCUGAAAGGCCGCUCAGCAAGGAAGAAGCCACUGCUCCAAAACCGCCACAAAAAAGCCAGACUACGGUUUGCAACUGCACAUGGGGACAAAGAUAGUACUCUUUGGAGAAAUGUCCUCUGGUCUGAUGAAACAAAAAUAGAACUGUUUGGCCAUAAUGACCAUCGUUAUGUUUGGAGGAAAAAGGGGGUCGCUUGCAAGCCGAAGAACAUCAUCCCAACCGUGAAGCACGGGGGUGGCAGCAUCAUGCUGUGGGGGGGUUUUGCUGCAGGAGGGACUGGUGCACUUCACAAAAUAGAUGGCAUUAUGAGGAGGAAAAUUAUGUGGAUAUAUUGAAGCAACAUCUCAAGACAUCAGUCAGGAAGUGAAAGCUUGGUCGCAAAUGGGUCUUCCAAAUGGACAAUGACCCCAAGCAUACUUCCAAAGUUGUGGCAAAAUGGCUUAAGGACAACAAAGUCAAGGUAUUGGAGUGGCCAUCACAAAGCCCUGACCUCAAUCCUAUAGAAAAUGUGUGGGCAGAACUGAAAAAGCGUGUGCGAGCAAGGAGGCCUACAAACCUGACUGUUACACCUGCUCUGUCAUGAGGAAUGGGCCAAGAUUCACCCAACUUAUUGUGGGAAGCUUGUGGAAGGCUACCCGAAACGUUUGACCCAAGUUAAACAAUUUAAAGGCAAUAAGAAAUAAAAGCUGAAAUAAUUCAUUCACUCUACUAUUAUUCUGACAUUUCACAUUCUUUAAAAUAAAGUGGUGAUCCUAACUGACCUAAGACAGGGAAUUUUUACUAGGAUUAAAUGUCAGGAAUUGUGAAAAACUGAGUUUAAAUGUAUUUGGCUAAGGUGUAUGUAAACUUCUGACUUGAACUGUAUUUGGAUGCUUGUAUUUACAGUAGCUCACAGAAAAUGUUUAAUUUUGCCUAGGGACAUCAUCUGUCUCUUCACAGCUAAUGUGUGUGUCUGUUCAUCGGUCUGUGUUACAGGUGGGUCCAAUGGCGACACAGUGUGUGACAAAGGUGGAGCUGACUGUCUCCUGUGAGAAUCUUCUGGACAAGGACAUUGGCUCCAAGUCUGACCCUCUGUGUAUUCUUCUCAUGAACACUGCUGGGUCACAGUGGUACGAGGUCAGUCACAGAUUCUUGUUUGCCCAAGAAACACUGUGACAUUGUUAAAUGUUAACCCAACAAGGCUAAAAAUUGAUUUCUCCCCAAAGCCAUCAUCAUGCAUAAUUGAUUAACUUGAAUCAUCAGUAUUCCGCUUCGCUGUUUGGAAAAGCAUCUCAGCAUUGUAGAAUGGCUAAAGCGAGCAUUACCUGUUUCCAGGAAGAAUCUGAAAUGUUGGGCCAAUUCAGUAUCACCUGAUGUUGUUAAUUAGUUUCAUGAGGGUGUGAGAAUGUUUAUGAUUUGAUUACUAACAGGCUGAAAUGUAAUGUUGUGUUUGUAGGUGGGCCGCACAGAGAAGGUACAGAAUUGCCUUGCCCCAAAGUUUGCCAAGAAGUUCAUCAUCGAUUACUACUUUGAAAUAGUGCAAAAGCUGAAGUUUGGAAUUUACGACAUCGACAAUAAAACUGUUGACCUAAGCGAUGAUGAUUUCCUGGGGGAGCUGGAGUGUACCUUGGGCCAGGUGAGAUCUUUUUCUUUCCCCUCCUCACUUAAGUGAUAAUGCCCGAGAAGCCAGUGUUUGGACGAUAUAUUGGUACGGGUGUUGUUAGGCCAAACACCAGCUUCGAGGGCAUCACUUUUAUACAACGGGUUACCAACAUAUUCAAAUAAUGAUUAACAUAUUUUAGUUCAACUUUUUUUAUUUUGAUUAAUUUCUUCAUACUAUUUCAUCCUUCCACGAGAUAUAGUCCUGACAGAAAUCUAGGGUUGCUACCCAAGCUGGCUGGUCGUUUGUUCUGUCGGUUCAGUUGCCAGAGACGUGACCCAGUCAUUAAGUCUUUUUGUUCUGUAUCUAUGGACCCGACCCAGUCGUUCGUUCUAAAUGUUCUAUUGCCAUACUGGCUGGCAACAUUCUUAUCCCUUGCUUGCUAGCUAGCCAACUACGGCUAACUUACAGUCACGUCAAACAGUGCAGCCAGAAUAACAGCAAAGUAGCUGCAUUUGCAUUUGUUUAAGCUGUUUUCUAGAGACAUUUAUUUGUAUAUGUCCAUAGAAAUAAUGCUGAUUCAUGAUUUUGACUGUUUGAGAAAAGCUGCCUGUCUUGUCUCGUCCCGACUCCUACACCAUCAUUACUAUGGGACAGCUGUUUCAAAUGUCAGAGAGACAGACCACAAGUUUUAUACAAAUCUCAGCUAUUGAAAAUCAAUUGCUAGUCUAAAAGAAAUGGGAGAUUAUGUCUAGAUGCUUUUUACAGUGGAGAUCAAGUUUAUAAAUUGUCUGGCUGGGCUGAUGAGACAGUGGUUUGCGCAGUGAGUUGGAACAGGGUAAAUAGGCAUUUCAACAUCAUAGUUUUAGCCGGUGGUUACUUGUGGAAUAGACACCGGCUGGAUUGCGGUUUUAACCAAUCAUCAUGCAGGAUUAGACCCUCCGUUGCAGUAGUCUCUGUUUUGGUGAAUCCGGUCAGUGUCUCACUGCCACUCAUGUAGAGAGUUAGCAUCGUGCACAGUGCAUACAACCCCUAUAUAGACGUGCAGUGGCUGUGCUAUCUGUGACUUGACACCAAAGGUUUCUUUUGACUGUUUGUUCAGGCUAUGUUCUGUAUGGACUUUGUCUGUCUCACAUGCAUCUGUGUCAAUUUAGGCAAUAAGGCCCGAGGCAGUGUGGUAUUCACCCCCCCCCCCCACUACGAAUGUUUACUAAUUAAUAAAAAUAUAAUAACUAAAAUAUAGUUGUUGCAUAAGUAUUCACCCCCUUUCUUCAGGCAAGCCUAAAUUAGUUCAGGAGUAAAAUGUGGCUUAACAAACCACAAGUUACAUGGACUCUGUGUGAAAUAAUAGAGGUUUACAUGAUUUUUGAAUGACUACCCCUUCAUCUGUUCCCCAUACAUACAACAAAUAGUCCCUCAGUCAAGUAUUUCAAGUACAGAUUCAACUACAACAGCUACAAGCGUUCAUUGGCUGUGAUGGGGGAAAACUGAGGAUGGAUCAACAACAUUGUAUUGAUUCCACAAUAAUGACCGAAAAUCUACAGAAUAAAACAUAUUUAAAAACAUGCAUCCUGUAUGACACAAGGCACUAGACUAAUACUGCAAAAUAAACUUUAGCCUAUUUUUUUUAUUUCACCUUUAUUUAACCAGGUAAGCCAGUUGAGAACAAGUUCUCAUUUACAACUGCGACCAUGCCAAGAUAAGGCAAAGCAGUGCGAUUAAAAACAACAACAACACAGUUACAUAUGGGGUAAACAAAACGUACAGUCAAUAACACAAUAGACACAGUGUGUCCAAAUGUAGUAAGUUAUGGAGGUAAGGCAAUAAAUAGGCCAUAGGGCAAAAUAAUUACAAUGUAGUAUUAACACUGGAGUGAUAGAUGUGCAGAAGAUGAUGUGCAAAUAGAGAUACUGGGGUGCAAAUGAGCAGAAUAAAUAACAAUAUGGGGAUGAGGUAGUUGGGUGUGCUAAUUACAGAUGGGCUGUGUACAGGUGCAGUUAUCAGUAAGUUGCUCUGACCACUGAUGCCUAAAGUUAGCGAGGGAGAUAAGUCUCCAGCUUCAGAGAUUUUUGCAGUUCGUUCCAGUCAUUGGCAGCAGAGAACUGGAAGGAAUGGCGGCCAAAGGAGGUGUUGGCUUUGGGGAAUGACCAGUGAGAUAUACCUGCUGGAGCGCAUACUACGGGUGGGUGUUGCUAUGGUGACCAAUGAGCUAAGAUAAGGCGGGGAAUUGCCUAGCAGUGAUUUAUAGAUGACCUGGAGCCAGUGGGUUUGGCGACGAAUAUGUAGUGAGGGCCAGCCAACGAGAGCGUACAGGUCACAAUGGUGGGUAGUAUAUGGGGCUUUGAUGACAAAACGGAUGGCACUGUGAUAGACUACAUCCAAUUUGCUGAGUAGAGUGUUGGAGGCUAUUUUGUAAAUUACAUCGCCGAAGUCAAGGAUCGGUAGGAUAGUCCGUUUUACGAGGGCGUGUUUGGCAGCAUGAGUGAAGGAGGCUUUGUUGCGAAAUAGGAAGCCGAUUCUAGAUUUAACAGACACCUAGGUAUUUGUAGUUGUCCACAUAUUCUAAGUCAGACCCGCCGAGAGUAGUGAUUCUAUUCGGGCAGGGCGGGAGCAAGCAGCGUUCGAUUGAAGAGCAUGCAUUUAGUUUUACUAAUGUUUAAGAGCAGUUGGAGGCUACUGAAUGAGUGUUGAAUGGCAUUGAAGCUCGUUUGGAGGUUUGUUAACACAGUGUCCAAUGAAGGGCCAGAUGUAUACAAAAUGGUGUCGUCUGCGUAGAGGUCGAUCUGAGAGUCACCAGCAGCAAGAGCGACAUCAAUGAUAUACACAGAGAAUAGAGUCGGCCCGAGAAUUGAACCCUGUGGCACCCCCAUAGACUGCCAGAGGUCCAGACAACAGGCCCUCCGAUUUGACACAUUGAACUCUAUCUGAGAAGUAGUUGGUGAACCAGGCGAGGCAGUCAUUUGAGAAACCAAGGCUAUUUAGUCUGCCAAUAAGAAUGCGGUGGUUGACAGAGUCGAAAGCCUUAGCCAGGUUGAUGAAGACGGCUGCACAGUACUGUCUUUUAUCGAUCGCGGUUAUAAUAUCGUUUAGGACCUUGAGCGUGGCUGAGGUGCACCCAUGACCAGCUCGGAAACCAGAUUGCAUAGCGGAGAAGGUACGGUGGGAUUCGAAAUCGUCGGUGAUCUGUUUGUUAACUUGGCUUUCAAAUACUUUCGAAAGGCAGGGAAGGAUGGAUAUAUGUCUGUAACAGUUUGGAUCUAGAGUGUCACCCCCUUUGAAGAGGGGGAUGACUGCGGCAGCUUUUCAAUCUCUACGAAAGAGAGGUUGAACAGGCUAGUAAUAGGGGUUGCGACAAUUUCGGUGGCUAAUUUUAGAUAAGAAAGGGUCCAGAUUGUCUAGCCCAGAUGAUUUGUAGGGGUCCAGAUUUUGCAGCUCUUUCAGAACAUCAGCUGUUUGAGUUUGGGUGAAGGAGAAGCGGGGGGGCAUGGGCAAGUUGCAGCAGAGGGUGCAGAGCUGGUGGCCGGGGUAGGGGUAGUCUGGGUGGAAAGCAUGGCCAGCCGUAGCAAAAUGCUUGUUGAAAUUCUCGAUUAUCGUAGAUUUAUCGGUGGUGACAGUGUUUCCUAGCCUCAGUGCAGUGGGCAGCUGGGAGGAGUUUACAGGACUUUACAGUGUCCCAAAUCUUUUUGGAGUUAGUGCUACAGGAAGCACAUUUCUGUUUGAAAAAGCUAGCCUUUGCUUUCCUAACUGAUUGUAUAUUCUCUACUUUACAGGCAGAGAACAGGCUACAGGGGAAGUUAGAUCAAAAUUAGAUCAAGCUGAAUCAAUGUCUGCAAGAUCACAUAAUGAUCACAGUAUUCUACAUAACAGAACCGAAUAUAAUAGUAUAACGUUACUUUAAGACAAAAACACCACCACCAGUUUUUUUUCUUGUGUGGCCAAAACUCAACAGCGUGCGCCACUAGGUAAAAUGCUCUAAAAUCUGCUCACUGUACAGUCGUGGUCAAAAGUUUUGAGAAUGACACAAGUAUUGGUCUUCACAAAGUUUGCUGCUUCAGUGUUUUUAGAUAUUUUUGUCAAUGUUCCUAUGGUAUACUGAAGUAUAAUUACAAGCAUUCCAUAAGUGUCAAAGGCUUUUAUUGACAAUUACAUUAAGUUUAUGCAAAGAGUCAAUAUUUGCAGUGUUGACCCUUCUUUUUCAAGACCUCUGCAAUCCGCCCUGGCAUGCUGUCAAUUAACUUCUGGGCCACAUCCUGACUGAUGGCAGCCAAUUCUUGCGUAAUCAAAGUUCUCAAUGGGAUUAAGGUCUGGGGAGUUUCCUGGCCAUGGACCCAAAAUGUCGAUGUUUUGUUCCACGAGCCACUUAGUUAUCUUGGGCGCCCUGAAGCCUUCUUCACAACAAUUGAACCUCUCUCCUUGAAGUUGUUGAUGAUCCGAUAAAUGGUUGAUUUAGGUGCAAUCUUACUAGCAGCAAUAUCCUUGCCUGUGAAGCCCUUUUUGUGCAAAGCAAUGAUGACGGCACGUUUCCUUGCAGGUAACCAUGGUUAACAGAGGAAGAACAAUGAAUUCAAGCACCACCCUCCUUUUUAAAGCUUCCAGUCUGUUAUUCUAACUCAAUCAGCAUGACAGAGUGAUCUCCAGCCUUGUCCUCAUCAACACUCUCUCUCACCUGUGUUAACGAGAGAAUCACUGACAUGAUGUCAGCUGGUCCUUUUGUGGCAGGGCUGAAAUGCAGUGGAAAUGUUUUUGGGGGAUUUAAAUUCAUUUUCAUGGAAACGAGGGACUUUGCAAUUAAUCUGAUCACUCUUCAUGACAUUCUGGAGUAUAUGCAAAUUGCCAUCAUCAAAACUGAGGCAGCAGACUUUGUGAAAAUUAGUAUUUGUGUCAUUCUCAAAACUUUUGACCACGACUGAACAUCAUUCAAAACAACACUGAAGGCUACUACGACAACACUGUAACUCAAGAUCUAAGUGCAUAUCCCCAUGAUACUGAUCAAAUGGUUGAUUUACAAUGGGUAAAACUUGAAGAAUUAUCAUUUGCGAUUGAAUGCAGUGGUGAUUUUGUCUUACAGUAACGUUAUACUAUGCUAUUAUAUAGUCGGUUCUGUUAUGUAGAAUACUGUGAUCAUUAUGUGAGAUCUUACAGACAUUGAUUCAGCUUGAUCUAACUUUAUUAAACGAGCAGCAUUCGCCUGAAUAGCCUGUUCUCUGCGCGUAAAGUAUAGAAUACACAUUUGCAGAAUCUUCGGAAGCUCUGGAUCCACAGCCAUGGCCUAAAAAGAAACUGGAUGGAGCUAAGCACAGGCAAAAUCCAAGACACAUACCUGCUUCAGUCUGCUUUACACAAGACACUGGGAGAGGAAUUCCCCUUUCAGCCAGUCAAUAACCUACAACACAAUGCCAAAUAUACUUUGGAGUUGCUUACCAAGAAGACAGUGAAUCUUCGUGAGUGGCCGAGUUACAGUUUUGACUUAAAUAUGCUUGAAAAUAUAUGGCAAUACUUGAAAAUUGCUGUCCAGCCAUGAUCCCCAACACCUUGACAGAGCUUGAAGAAUUUUGAAAAGAAUAAUGGGCAAAUAUUGUACAAUCCAGGUGUGCAAAGCUCUUAAGAGACUUAACCAAGAAUGCUUAUCUAAUCAAGAUAUAAUUGUUUUAUUUUUCAUAAAUUCCACUUUGACAGAGUAUUUUCUGUACAUCGCUGACAAAAAAUGACGCAUCCAUUUUAAAACCUCUUAGAUGUAAGGUCCCCUGGUUAGGGGACCUGCAUGAUUCUGGUACCGGUUCUGACUGACAUUUUCGCUUAAAUCGAUUUGUGGACACCAUAGAUCGAAAUGGCUUGCAUUGAGCGAUGGCCCUGGUUCCCACGGUCACAGUAGUAUUUUUUCAGAGCCUGUGAAGUAGGAUGUGAAAUCUGAAACCACUUGAAGCUGGGAUGUUCCUCCUACCAUUUCAGCCACUGACACAUUUUUUGUCAUUUAGCAGACGCUCUCAUCCAGAGCGACUUACAGUUAGUGAGUGCAUACAUUUUCAUACUGGCCCCCCGUUGGAAACGAACCCACAACCCUGGCGUUGCAAGCGCCAUGCUCUACCAACUGAGCUACAGGGGACUACACAUGCCUGCAAUCGUUACAUCGUAGCGCAGCAGGAGAGAGUGGUUUCGUCACGGUAGUAUUCAGAGAUCGAUUUAUAGCCAUUAAUCUAAAAUAAUUAAUAGAUUUUAAACAAACACUUUCUGUUUGUCAUAGACGAACAAUAUUAAUAUAAGAUGAAAGGUGAGUUCCUAGUGAGUUCAGGAAGCCAAUCUAGAGCUCUGUGAGACGUUCAGUGUUGGGGGCAAACAUUUUGAUCAUGAGCGACCUUUAGAAAAUAUGCAAAUGUUUUCUCUAACACUAAACAUACACACAUGUAUUUUACAGUUAUAAGGAAGGUGAAAUCUUAUAGUUAGUCAUUUUAUAAUUUGAUUAUGCUAUAUUUAGAAAGCACAUGUCAUUUCAAGCCUUUAUUCAUACAGUUUUGUUGAAUAGGAAAUGCAUCAUAUAAAAUAUUUCAUAUUUUCUAAUUUGUACUGUGUACUUGAGCUUGUGUCCUCAAAAGUGACUACACCUCAGCAAUCUAUAACUGUUUUUACCAGAAAGGUGAGAUUUUAACAUUUUCUUUGAGGAUGCAGCAUUACUAGUUAUUGUUUAUGGUCCUCUCAUGAUAAAUAAUUACUUUUAGGGAUUACGUAGAUUACAUUUUCGAUUUAUAUUUUGUUACAUUUAACUGGUUAUUCCCACUUUGUAACAAUAAAAUGUGAAGAAAUCUAAGGAGAGUGAAUACUUAUGAUAGGCACUGUACACGAUGUAAAGCGGAGUGCCUGGAUACAGCCUUCAGCCGUGGUAUAUUGGCCACAAACCCAACAUAAAUAGAACCGUAAACAAGUAUUUCUGCAUCAUACCUGUGGUAUAUUGUCUGAUAUACACACAGCUGAUUGCUGUUUCAGCCAAUCAGCAUCCAGGAUCCAAACUACCUGGUUUGUAAUCCAUUUUAUAAACCGGGUACCAGUUUAUAAUAGCAAUAAGGCAGCUCAGGGGUUUGUGGUAUAUGGCCAAUAUACCAUGGCUAAGUGCUGUAUCCAGGCACUCCAUUUCGCGUUGUGCAUAAGAACAGCCCUUAGUCGUAGUAUAUUGGCCAAUGUACCACACCCCCUCGGGCCUUAUUGCUUAAGUAGCCAUUUACAUUAUAAGUGUUUCUUAUGUGUCAAAUUAUAUUUUCCAGGUGGUGUCUAGUAGAAAGCAUACUAGACCACUUGUGUUGAAGAACAACAGGCCUGCAGGAAAAGGGACCAUUACAGUGAGUCACUUAAGAGAUGUUUGUUGUUUUUCAUCUGUUAUGUUUGUUGUUGUCUGUUUUUUUACUUAUUAAUUUUCUUUGUAGAUAAGUGCUGAAGAAAUAAAAGACAACAGGGUGGUGAAUUUUGAGGCUGAAGCAAGGAAACUGGACAACAAGGUAUCGAUACAAUAUUGAAGAAUGUGCUCCAAACACGGGUCAUCCCAUGAGCAACGUAUCUCUUGAAGUGAUACUUGCUGCUCUGUAAAGCCAACAAUUGAGAGAAAUGAAGCACACAAUAGUUAGCCUAGUUGCUUGUGUCUGUGUGACUGUUUGACUUAUAAUGUUUUGACUGUUUUUUUUUAUGGCUGUUUCCAGGAUUUCUUUGGGAAGUCGGAUCCUUACCUGGAGUUCUACAAGCAGACAGAGACUGGAUGGCAGCUGGCUCAUAGAACAGAGGUAAAGUGCAACAUAGACAUAUUUCUAUGGAGUACAACACACUCUCAUACGGCCCAUUUCAACUGAGACUUUUUAAUUGGUUUUACAACUAUAUACAACUUCCAUCCAGUUAUGCAUCAAAUACUGUACUCCUGGUCUUAUUUUGCAUUUUGUGAAUGUUAAAGAGGAAGUUUUUAAUUGUUUGUGUGAAAUGUGCAUGCAAUACCCAUAGACUAUGUAAUGUCCUGUUGCACACUAGAGAUGGGCACGGUUAAUCGAAUAUCCGGAUAUCCUAACAGACAUUAGGACAAUUAGGCCUAUUUUAACAAUGAAAACGUUUUGUCUAAAUUAAAUUGUCCAUGUGACAUUGUUACACACAAGGAUAUGACAUUUGAAAUGCAUAAUUUAAUAAAACAACAAAUGUAAGAAGGUAGUGUUUAUGUAUGCUGCAUUGAGCUACUGCUUCAGACAUCAUGGCUUUGACAGUACAUUUGUUUACAGUUGCACACUAUACAUGUAGCCUACAGUUCUGAGGACGCACAGUUGUUUUAUUUUCAAGCUAAUUAUGUUUUACAUGAAAAGGCAUUUUACUAUCAUAGCGCAUUUAGCCCUCCAACGGUAUGCUAUUUUACCCCUCUUCAGGGAUUAGCCUUCAUGCGCUCCAACGGAGGGUCCACAAGACCUGACACAGAUCAAAGCAGAACACUCAACAGAAAACCUUUUUUAAACAAUCACUUCUUUGAUGGCUAACAUCAGGCUUCUUUCGCAGUUGCUGUUAGCCGAGGCUACCGUUAGCCAAAAACUACCGAGCUAGCACCCUGAAAACAACUACGCACUGUCUGCUGUUGUGGCAUUUUGCCUCAUUCUGAUUGGUCAAGAGUAGAGCAUUUUAUUUUUUUUGACUUCAUGAUAUUAUUCUAUUAGUGAAAUAACUUCAAAUGACCAUCACUAUUGUGCACUGUUCCCUGACUCACACUGGAGUCAGUGCAUAACAUUUGCAUUGUUUAGUCAUGCGUGCAUACAUUUUUUGUGUGGUCCUCUGUAGCUCAGCUGGUAGAGCACGGCGCUUGUAACGUCAAGGUAGUGGGUUCGAUCCCCGGGACCACCCAUACACAAAAAAUGUAUGCACGCAUGACUGUAAGUCGCUUUAGAUAGAUGCGUCUGCUAAAUGGCUAAUUCAUUAAUUAAUUAAAUUCUCCUUUUGUCUAGAAACUCAUUACUCUCCUCCUAUUCUUGGCCCAGAUGCCUAUAAUGUGAUUGAACCAAAUGCAAUGUAGCUAAUGAGUGUCUGCUCGUGUACUGUGUCCAGACACUGGUGUUGUGGUACAGAGUGUGGUUAGUGGUAAUGCGAUUCAGAUAAUGGUUACUACAGUCAUGGUCAAAAGUUUUGAGAAUGACACAAGUAUUGGUCUGCACAAAGUUUGCUGCUUCAGUGUUUUUAGAUAUUUUUGUCAGAUGUUCCUAUGGUAUACUGAAGUAUAAUUACAAGCAUUCCAUAAGUGUCAAAGGCUUUUAUUGACAAUUACAUUAAGUUUAUGCAAAGAGUCAAUAUUUGCAGUGUUGACCCUUCUUUUUCAAGACCUCUGCAAUCAGCCCUGGCAUGUUGUCAAUUAACUUCUGGGCCACAUCCUGACUGAUGGCAGCCCAUUCUUGCAUAAUCAAUGCUUGGAGUUUGUCAGAAUUUGUGGGUUUUUGUUUGUCCACCCGCCUCUUGAGGAUUGACCACACGUUCUCAAUGGGAUUAAGGUCUGGGAAGUUUCCUGGGCAUGGACCCAAAAUGUCGAUGUUUUGUUCCCAGAGCCACUUAGUUAUCACUUUUGCCUUAUGGCAAGGUGCUCCAUCAUGCUGGAAAAGGCAUUGUUCGUCACCAAACUGUUCUUGGAUGGUUGGGAGAAAUUGCUCUCGGAAGAUGUGUUGGUACCAUUCUUUAUUCAUGGCUGUGUUCUUAGGCAAAAUUGUGAGUGAGCCCACUCCCUUGGCUGAGAAGCAACCCCACACAUGAAUGGUCUCAGGAUGCUUUACUGUUGGCAUGACACAGGACUGAUUGUAGCGCUCACCUUGUCUUCUCCGGACAAGGUGUUUUCCGGAUGCCCCAAACAAUCGGAAAGAGAAAAUGACUUUACCCCUUGAAGUUCUUGAUGAUUCGAUAAAUGGUUGAUUUAGGUGCAAUCUUACUAGCAGCAAUAUCCUUGCCUGUGAAGCCCUUUUUGUGCAAAGCAAUGAUGACGGCACGUGUUUCCUUGCAGGUAACCAUGGUUAACAGAGGAAGAACAAUGAUUUCAAGCACCACCCUCCUUUUUAAAGCUUCCAGUCUGUUAUUCUAACUCAAUCAGCAUGACAGAGUGAUCUCCAGCCUUGUCCUCGUCAACACUCUCACCUGUGUUAACGAGAGAAUCACUGACAUGAUGUCAGCUGGUCCUUUUGUGGCAGGGCUGAAAUGCAGUGGAAAUGUUUUUUGGGGAUUAAGUUCAUUUUCAUGGCAAAGAGGGACUUUGCAAUUAAUUGCAAUUCAUCUGAUCACUCUUCAUAACAUUCUGGAGUAUAUGCAAAUUGCCAUUCUCAAACCUUUUGAUCACGACUGUAUAUUUGUCCCUGUGCCCUGCAUAAGGUGGUGAAGAACAACCUGAACCCAACAUGGAAACCCUUCAGAAUCCCCCUGCAGUCUCUGUGUGGAGCAGACAUGGACAAACCUAUAAAGGUAUGCAGACACACAACCACACGUGUUCCAGUACUAACCACCUUACACAUCAGCAACUCUCUCACUGCACAGACACUGAAAUAUUCCAGAUAUUUUGUAUUUGAUUUGGAGAAUGUUUUGCUGUAACACCCUUCCUGGAAUUGUGUGUGGUUUGCAUGAUAAUAACACAGGUAAUAACCUUAAGAUACGUCACCUCCACAAUUAUUGGCACCCUUGAUAAAAAGAUGAGCAAAAAAUAUUGUAUAAAUAAUACAAAUACUGAGCUAUAUUGUAGAGAAGAGAUUUUGUUUAACAAGUUUUUUUUCUUUCUAUAAAAGAUAGUUGCAAGGAUAACGGCACUGAACCUUUUUCUGUAAUGUUUUAUGAGAUUGGAGAACACAUUGGGAGGGAUCUUAAACCAUUCAUCCAUUAUAAAAUCUUUCUUGAUUCUGGAUAUUCUUUGGUCUGCGCUUAUGGACUGCCCUCUUCAAUUCAAACCACAGGUUUUCAAUUGGGUUCAAGUCCGGAGACUGAGAUGACCAUAACAAAAUGUAGAUUUUUAUGUGUGCUCGGGGUCAUUGUCUUGCUGGACAAUCCACUUGCGACAAUUUUCUGCCUCCUGGCAGAGGCAACCAGGUUUUUGGCUAAAAUGUCUUGGUACUUGGUAGAGUUCAUGAUGCCGUUGACCAUAACAUCAAAGAUCCAACACCAUAUUUUACAGUAGGUAGGAGGUUCUUAUCUGCAUAUGCAUCCUUCUUUCGAAGUCAAACCCACCACUGGUUUGCGUGGCCAAAGACCUGUAUUUUUGACUCAUCUGACCAUAGCACCUGGUUCCAAUCUAACUGCCAAUGCCAUGUAGCAAACUCCAGGCAUUUACAUUUGUUGGUUGCUCUCAAAAAAAAAAAAAAAUCUGGCAACCCUUCCAAAGAGCCUAUUGGCAUGAAGGUGGCGUCUAAUUGUACAUUUGGAGACUUGGUGACCCAAGAUGUGACCAAGUUCUGUAAUUCUCUGACUUUGGCCCUUGGAUAAUCCUUUACCUCCUGAACCAUCUUCCUCACUAAGCUUGGGGACAAGAUAUACAUGCAUCUUUUUCCAGCAAGUUUACCACUGUUCCAGGUAUGAGAUAUAUUUCAAUUUUUAUAAAGAAAAAUAUUUUACCCAUUGUUUGUUUACAGUGCCUUCAGAAAGUAUUCUCACCCCUUUUCUCACACAUUUUCCACAUUUUGUUGUUACAGCCUGUAUUUAAAAAGGAUUAAAUUGAGAUUUUGUGUCACUGAUCUAAACACAAUACCCCAUAAUGUCAAAGUGGAAUUUUGUUUCUAGACAGCUAAAAUGUCUCGAGUAAAUAAGAAUUCAACCCCUUUGUUAUUGCAAGCCUAAAUAAGUUCAGGAGUAAAAAUGUGCUAAGUCACAUAAUAAGUUGCAUGGACUCAUUCUGUGUUUAGUAAUAGUGGUUAACAUGAUUUUUGAAUGACUACCCCAUCUCUGUACCCCACAUAUACAAUUAUCUGUAAGUUCCCUCUAUCGAGUGGUGAAAUUUAAGCACAGAUUCAACCACAAGCAUGGUGGUGGCUGCAUCAUGUUAUGGGUAUGCUUAUCAUCGGCAAAGACUAGCUAAGGCAGGGGGGUCAAACUCAUUCCAUUGAGGGCCUAGUGUCUGCUGAUUUUUGGGUUUUCCUUUCAAUUAAGACCUAGACAACCAGUUGAAGGGAGUUCCUUACUAAUUAGUGAUCUAAAUUCAUCAAUCAAGUACAAGGGAGGAGCGAAAACCCGCAGACACUCGGCCCUCCGUGGAAUGACUAGGAAGGUUUUUUAGGAUAAAAAUAAAUGGAAUAGAACUAAGCACAGGCAGUUUUGACUUAAAUUUGCUUGACUUGAAAAUGGCUGUCUAGCAAUAAUCAACAAUCAACUUGACAGAGCUUGAAUAAUAAAAAAAAAAAAGAAUAAUUGGCAGAUAUUGUACAAUCCAUGUGUGCAAAGCUCUUAGACUUACCCAAAAAGACUCCGCUGUAAUUGCCGCCAAAGGUGCUUUUUGGGGGGCAUACAAUAUAGCUCAGUAUUUGUAUUUAUUUUAUAUAGUAUUUUUUGCUCAUCUUAAUCAAGGGUGCCAAUAAUGUUGGAGGUGACCGUACUUGUUAACUGUUUUAAACAGAGCGGGGGAAAAAUAACUGCAUUAACUCUCACGUUUUUAUAAUAGAUUUUAAAUGGUUAUCUUUCUCUACUAUUAGCUAAGUGGACUACUACUGUACAUAGUCUGUACAGCAUUAGAGGGCAUUGAUUGAUGUUGACAAUUGGUGAUUUUUCAGCUGUAAAUACACCUAAUGCAGUAUUUUAAGGAACAACUGAUACCCACACUGGAGGACAUGUGAGUUACCCUCGGACCUGGGUUCAAAUUGUACUUUUUUGAGGGUUGUGAUUGAGCCUGCCUGUGCCUACACUUUAAGGACUCUUUCAUUGGUUUCAAUGUCACAAACAAGCUCAAUCAAGCACAAACAAAGUAUUUAUAUGGAAACAAAUCUUAUUUAAACCCAGGUCAGUUACAGUCAUCAGCACGGUGUGUGUGUCCAACUCCAACCUCAUGUGUCUUCAGUAGAAGGGUGAAGUGACUAGCCAGUUGUCAGUAGUGGAACACUGGAAUGGGUGGGAAACACUUACCCUGUAGUAGGCUGUAUCCAUCCUGUACUGAUAGCCACGGAUCCAGCACUUCCAUAGACAUCCAUAUUGUCUUUGUUGGACACAUGGCGGAAAUUGAUGAUGAAGCUUCCUCUGUCAUCAUGGCAUCAUCAUCUUGUUGUGCAGUAGUGUUAGUUAACUUAGUGUUAGUUAACUUAGUGUUAUUUAACUUAGUGGGUGUGAACUUUGCUCUGAGUUUGGUUUGCUGUCUUGGUUUGGUGUUUUCCAUUGCAUGAUCUUCUUGUUCACCCUCUGUCUGAUUCUUAGUGAAUAUGAUGUGAACGAUGUUUGUUUGGGGUUUGAAACAGUUUGUGUGUUCAUGUUACACACAUCUUUUGAGGAGUCAUCUUGUGGCUUGUUGCUAACCUGUUGAUAACUCAGACUAUGCUCGUCCUAAGGUGGAGUGCUACGACUAUGACAAUGAUGGAUCUCAUGACCUCAUUGGAAUCUUUGAGACCACCAUGACACGUCUGCAAGAGGCAUCGCGUACCUCACCGGUGAGAUGGAGUGCAAGGGUUACUCUGCAUGUGUCUGUCUGUGUGGUGCUUCUCAUCCUUGCUCCUCUGACCCUCCCCAGGCUGAGUUUGAAUGUAUCAACAGUAAAAAGCAACAGAAGAAGAAGGGAUACAAAAACUCUGGUGUGGUGAGUGUGAAGCUGUGUCAGGUGGUGAAGGAGUAUACCUUCCUGGACUACAUCAUGGGCGGUUGCCAGAUCAACUUCACUGUGAGUAAAGAUUUCUCUCUAAAUGACCUCUAGCACAGAAAUGUACCUUUCAUGCUGAGUUUUCUGUAUUGUACGUCACACUUGUUUGUUUUAUUAUUCAUUGUAUUUCAAUUUGUAUCCUAUGCCUGCCAGCUAAAAUGUAUUCUCGGGGUUGAAGAAAGUUCAUUGAAUUGAACUGCCACCACAACAAGCCUCGUCUCUGUCUCCCUCUCCCUCUCCCUCUGUAGGUGGGUAUUGACUUCACAGGGUCAAACGGUGACCCCAAGUCUCCCCAGUCUCUCCACUACAUCAGUCCACAGGGGGUCAAUGAAUACCUGUCUGCCAUCUGGUCCGUUGGCAUGGUGAUCCAAGACUAUGACAGGUAAUCUGACCUGUACUACUCCCUAUAUACUACAUUAUGUAUGGUGCGGUGACUGGGAAACUCAUAUGCUGAAUUAUUUAUUUUCCCCAUGUAAAUUCAAUGGUGCUGUAUGUUUUUGCUUGUACUGCCUGCCCCUGGAACUGUUGGAUGCAAAAAUACUGGUCUUACCAUUUAUCCGGCUUUGCAUUCUGUUAACCUUAGGCAAUAGUUGUAUGUGUGAAUGUUAAUGAUUAGGAGGAGUGUGUGUGGAUAUUCAUGUUUAAAGAUGGAAUGUGCUGAUGCAUUUAAAGUUAGCAAGUAAGCUGUUUAGUUAGACUGAGGUGGUUUCCAUAGACAAGGUGUCAUGAUAUGACCAUGCCUCUUAGUUUCCAUUGUGGUUGUAUCAUUGUUUUGAAUGAUGGGGAAGUAUCUGACUGAAAUGUUCCCUGCAGUGACAAAAUGUUCCCUGCCUUUGGCUUUGGAGCACAGAUCCCACCCACCUGGCAGGUAAAUAUGGAUUUUCAUAUGGUGAACAUCUUAAUAUCUCGUGGACAGACGCAUGUAACAGGAUAAAAAUGCAAGAAAAGCCCUAUCAGAAUGCUAAUAAAAUUAGCACAAACUAAUAGUGAAAUCACAUAGGCGCUGUUAGCUAAACCCUAAUGAGUGAAAACUAACAAACUCAUUGCAAUGACAUGCAAAUCCAUAAAGUUAUACAAGCAUAGCUAGUUGCUACCGAAUGUCAUUUUUGGUGAGUGUGGACAUUUACAAGCGAAAGUGAAUGAGAGAAAUUUUGCAAAUGAACAAAGUUGUGACGCAUGCUUUUCUGAAGGAAGAGCAGCACGUGUACACGGAGAAGAAUGAAGGAUAUAAAAACGCUUGUAGGAAGCACAGGGAAAAAAUCACAUCCAGAGCUCUUUGACUUCUGGCAGAAAGCCAUUCUACGAUAUCUGAUGGCAAACAUUUAGUAGUGAAUUGCAUACAAGUGUAACUUCAUCACCUCAUGUGCGCUGCACAACAGAUAUUCGCUGCAAGAUAUAUAUAAUGCUAUGGACUCGCCAGCUCCCGCUUUCUCCCGUUGUGAUAUUUACAAACACGUAACUGGCUCAACUGUUCUAGGGAACUACGGUAAGCUUCAUAAUGUAAAAUAAUGUGACCAAUAAAAUUUGAUUUGAUUUGAUUUGAACUUAACGCAGAUCCAAGUUCAGUUUUGAGAUCCAAUGGUGUCAUUAGCGUAGGGUUAGCUGGACGUUUCUGACUGGUCUUGGAACUGUGACAACUGGCAGCCUCUCCCCGCUUGACUCAGUGGGAUAUUUAGUGAUUUUGCCAACACAGCCAGAUAUGUUCACAAUCUUGUACCCUUAACCAUUUUUAAACUGACUAUCGUAUUUGUUGAUUAAAUCAGACGUUUUAUUAAUGCAAUGAGUAAUCUAGGAAUGUCACAAGUUAAUUGACACAAGAAAAAUAGCAAUUCUACAGAGCGCAAUGACUACAAUGAAUGGCUAAAUUACUUCCGGACACAAAGGGUCCGCGGAGCUCCACUUUCUCACCACUAUUAGGCAAGGUUUUAGUUCUGGGUAUCUGAGAUGGUGAACAUCGCAGUCCUGCUUUAAAUGACGUUCAGCUUAUAAAGGCUUCAAAAAGCCAUUAUGCCUUCAUAAGCACUACAUAAAUGUGUUACAAAGCAUCUAUAACCGUAUGUCAUGCUUUAUAAAGGGUUCAUAAAUGUGGCAUAACUGACAUAAUCAAUGUCAAAUGUGACAUAACCCACUAUGUCGAAUAUGAUAUAAACACGUUCUUUAUAAAGGAUGACAUGUUGUGCUGAAGGAUGGCAUACGCUCUAAAGUGAUGUCAUGUCACAUUACACCUAAUCUCGUUCCCAGACACUUCCGCCCAAAUGCCCGGAAGGUCUGGUGGACCAACGCAUCAAACUUGGCCUUCAUUAGUUAGUGUUAGGUUUAAAAUAAAAUAUUAAGAAAAAUAGUGGAAAUAGGCAGGGAUUAACAAUAAUUAUGACUUUUUGACUGCGUUAAAUAGUGAUGGUGACAAUACUUUACUCAGUAAGGUCACUCCUAUAGAAUUAUAAAGCCAACUUUGAAUGGUUGAUAUCCCAGGCUUAUAUAUGCUGUGUGUGUAAUAGUCUGGAGACGACGUUACACCAAGAAACACUUACCUUGAUGAAAGCCCCCAACCUAAAGAAAUUUAAAGUGUCUUUCUUCUGGAACCAAGUUACAUGUUCCUCAGUACACAAACACGCACACAACAAAAACAAGCCAUACUGUGCGGUGCUGGGCCCAGUCAAGUCUUUGACACAUUCACCCACUUCCCCGCUGAACGAUCAGCCACAAAAUGUUGCCACCAUUGUAACAGGUUGUAAUCAAGCCCUGGUCUCCACCAUGGGAACAGAAGAGGAAUACCUGAUGCGGUAGUCUCAGGGUGGACUACGCCAAAUCAUCUUGGUUCUGACACACACACACACACACACACACACACACGCAAGCUUUGCCCUACAGUAACCUGUGGAUCAUGAGAGAACCUUCAUAAAUCAGCAGAAUGUUAACAACCUAUUUAUUGACACUUUAUGUAGUGUCCUGUAAUACUUAGUUUGAAGUGAGACGCCUUCGGUCAUUCAUAACACAUCCAUAAAGACUAUCGCAUGACGCUGUACUUAAUUUAAAUCAAAUCAAAUUUUAUUGGCCACAUGCGCCGAAUACAACAGGUGCAGACAUUACAGUGAAAUGCUUACUUACAGCCCUUAACCAACAGUGCAUUUAUUUUAAAUAAAAAAGUAAAAUAAAACAACAACAAAAAAGUGUUGAGAAAAAAGAGCAGAAGUAAAAUAACAGUAGGGAGGCUAUAUAUACAGGGGGGUACCGGUGCAGAGUCAAUGUGCGGGGGCACCGGCUAGUUGAGGUAGUUGAAGUAAUAUAUACAUGUGGGUAGAGUUAAAGUGACUAUGCAUAAAUAAUUAACAGAGUAGCAGCAGCGUAAAAAGAUGGGUUGGGGGGGGCAGUGCAAAUAGUCCGGGUAGCCAUGAUUAGCUGUUCAGGAGUCUUAUGGCUUGGGGGUAGAAGCUGUUGAGAAGUAUUUUUGACCUAGACUUGGCACUCCGGUACCGCUUGCCGUGCGGUAGCAGAGAGAACAGUCUAUGACUAGGGUGGCUGGAGUCUUUGACAAUUUUGAGGGCCUUCCUCUGACACCGCCUGGUAUAGAGGUCCUGGAUGGCAGGAAGCUUGGCCCCAGUGAUGUACUGGGCCGUACGCACUACCCUCUGUAGUUCCUUGCGGUCGGAGGCCAAGCAGUUGCCAUACCAGGCGGUGAUGCAACCAGUCAGGAUGCUCUCGAUGGUGCAGCUGUAGAAUUUUUUGAGGAUCUGUGGACCCAUGCCAAAUCAUUUCAGUCUCCUGAGGGGGAAUAGGCUUUGUCGUGCCUUCUUCACGACUGUCUUGGUGUGUUUGGACCAUGAUAGUUAGUUGGUGAUGUGGACACCAAGGAACUUGAAGCUCUCAACCUGUUCCACUACAGCCCCGUCAAUGAGAAUGGGGGCGUGCUCAGUCCUUUUUUUUCUUCCUGUAGUCCACAAUCAUCUCCUUUGUCUUGGUCACGUUGAGGGAGAGGUUGUUAUCCUGGCACCACACGGCCAGGUCUCUGACCUCCUCCCUAUAGGCUGUCUCAUCACUGUCGGUGAUCAGGCCUACCACUGUUGUGUCGUCGGCAAACUUAAUGAUGGUGUUGGAGUCGUGCCUGGCCAUGCAGUCAUGGGUGAACAGGGAGUACAGGAGGGGACUGAGCACGCACCCCUGAGGGGCCCCCGUGUUGAGGAUCAGUGUGGCAGAUGUGUUGUUACCUACCCUUACCACCUGGGGGCGGCCCGUCAGGAAGUCCAGGAUCCAGUUGCAGAGGGAGGUGUUUAGUCCCAGGAUCCUUAGCUUAGUGAUGAGCUUUGAGGGCACUAUGGUGUUGAAUGCUGAGCUGUAGUCAAUGAAUAGCAUUUUCACAUAGGUGUUCCUCUUGUCCAGGUGGGAAAGGGCAGUGUGGAGCGCAAUAGAGAUUGCAUCAUCUGUGGAUCUGUUGGAGCGGUAUGCAAAUUGGAGUGGGUCUAGGGUUUCUGGGAUUAUGCUGUUGAUGUGAGCCAUGACCAGCCUUUCAAAGCACUUCAUGGCUACAGACGUCAGUGCUACGGGUCGGUAGUCAUUUAGGCAGGUUAUCUUAGUGUCCUUGGGCACGGGGACUAUGGUGGUCUGCUUGAAACAUGUUGGUAUUACAGACUCAGUCAGGGACAUGUUGAAAAUGUCAGUGAAGACACUUGCAAGUUGAUCAGCACGUGCUCGGGGUACAUGUCCUGGUAAUCCGUCUGGCCCUGCGGCCUUGUGAAUGUUGACCUGCUUAAAAGUCUUACUCACAUCGGCUACGGAGAGCGUGAACACAUAGUCAUCCGGAACAGCUGGUGCUCUCAUGCAUGCUUCAGUGUUGCUUGCCUCGAAGCGAGCAUAGAAGUGGUUUAGCUCAUCUGGUAGGCUUGUGUCACUGGGAAGCUCGCGGCUGUGCUUCCCUUUGUAGUCUGUAAUAGUUUUCAAGCCCUGCCACAUCCCACGAGCGUCAGAGCCGGUGUAGUAAUAUUCAAUCUUAGUCAUGUAUUGACUCUUUGCCUGUUUGAUGGUUCGUCAGAGGGCAUAGCGGGAUUUCUUAUAAGCGUCCGGGUUAGAGUCCCGCUCCUUGAAAGCGGCAGCUCUACCCUUUAGCUCAGUGCGGAUGUUUCCUGUAAUCCAUGGCUUCUGGUUGGGGUAUGUACGUACGGUCACUGUGGGGACGACAUCAUCGAUGCACUUAUUGAUGAAGCCAGUGACUGAUGUGGUGUACUCCUCAAUGCUAUCUGAAGAAUCCCGGUACAUGUUCCAGUCUGUGCUAGCAAAACAGUCCUGUAGCUUAGCAUCUGCGUCAUCUGACCACUUUUUUAUUAACCGAGUCACUGGUGCUUCCUGCUUUAGUUUUUGCUUAUAAGCAGGAAUCAGGAGGAUAGAGUUAUGGUCAGAUUUGCCAAAUGGAGGGCGAGGGAGAGCUUUGUAUGCGUCUCUGUGUGUGGAGUAAAGGUGGUCUAGAGUUUUUUUUUUCCUCUGGUUGCACAUUUAACUUGCUGGUAGAAAUGAGGUAAAACGGAUUUAAGUUUCCCUGCAUUAAAGUCCCCGGCCACUAGGAGCGCUGCCUCUGGAUGAGCAUUUUCCUGUUGACUUAUGGCCUUAUACAGCUCAUUCAGUGCAAUCUUAAUGACAGCAUUGGUUUGUGGUGGUAAAUAGACAGCUAUGAAAAGUAUAGAUGAAAACUCUCUUGGUAAAUAGUGUGGUCUACAACUUAUAAGAUACUCUACCUCAGGCUAGCAAAACCUUGAGACUUCCUUAGUAUUUGAUUUUGUGCACCAGCUGUUGUUUACAAAUAUACACAGACCGCCACCCCUUGUCUUACCGGAGUCAGCCGUUCUAUCCUGCCGAUGUAGCGUAUAGCCCGCUAGCUGUAUGUUAUCCAUGUCGUCGUUCAGCCACGACUCGGUGAAACAUAAGAUAUUACAGUUUUUAAUGUCCCGUUGGUAGGAUAACUGUAAUCUUAGGUCAUCCAAUUUAUUUUCCAAUGAUUGAAGAUUGGCUAAUAGGAUUGAUGGGAGCGGCAGUUUACUCGCUCGCCGUCGGAUCCUUACAAGGCAUCCCAACCUACGUCCACGAUAUCUCCGUCUCUUCCUCAUGCGAAUGACGGGGAUUUGGGCCUUGUCGGGUGUCUGUAGGAUAUCCUUCGCGGCCGCCUCGUUGAAGAAAAAUUAUUCGUCCAAUACGAGGUGAGUAAUCGCUGUCCUGAUAUCCAGAAGCUCUUUUUGGUUAUAAGAGACGAUGGCAGAAACAUUAUGUACAAAAUAAAUUACAAAUAACGCGGAAAAACACACAUAAUAGUACAAUUGGUUAGAGGGCUGUAAAACGGCAGCCAUCUUCUCCGGCGCCAUUUCGGAAAAAGUCAGACCCAUUUGGUAAUUUUAUAACAUAAAUGCCUUGUAACAUAUGACGCUGUACUUACUAUAAGUGACCGACUGGCUCGAUUCGGUCUGAUGUAGCAACAUUUUAAAUUAUGUUUUUUUGCAUUGGAUAAAAGUAGAGACUCAGAGCUAGAAAAUGGUAUAUCAUACACUACAGUUGAGGAACAAUGGGAAAGUAAUUCUGCUUUGAAAGUUGAUAAACUUGUAAACCCACUUUUGAGAAAAUGGCUGUUGAAUGUUUUGGUACACCUACUGGAGAGCUCUUCUUUGUCUACACACAUUCAGCAUCGUUCACACCCUCUUAAGCCAGCCCCACCCAUCUCUUUAAGAUUUCAAGACAAAAGGCUGGUUUAUACUACGUCUAUCGACAUGUCUGUAGACAGUUGUCGCAGUGACAUCAUGAACAUUCUAUUGUCGUUAUGAAAAAGUAUAAACACAAAAACGACAUGCUGCAUGACAUCAGCAGCCUGGUGGUCCAAAAUAGCAUAGUGUAUUUUAACAUCAAUAAACCCAUCCGUUUAAAAAUGAAUUUAGUAUAUGUCAAUCUAGCAAACUAGGCAACUAAAAGCACCCUUUGAAACAAUGUUUUGGUUCGAUUCUAGCUUAUUAGUUAGCUAGCUAACAUUAAGUUUGCUGGCUAGCCAGUUCAAAUAAUGACCAUAUCAUAGCUGACAAUGUCUUAACUUUACCUAAUUUGUGUUCAUUGUUCCAGAAAAUAAACUCACAACAAGAUCAUUAUUUACAAGUUAAUGUCGAGCUAAUUACAGAAAAUAGCUUACGGUUGUGAGUGUGAUGAAAUAAAAGCAGGGCAUUCUACCGGAGAAUUUUAGAACUUGGACACUGUCUCGUUGGCCUAACGUUAUAUCCUAAUUCGACUUUGGUGCAGGUCAUGUUGUUCUUCACAUUACUGUCUCUGGUAAACACACACUAUAUCAACUAAAAUCAAAGUUUAUUUGUCACAUGCACAGGAUACAGAAGGUGUAAACGGUACAGUGAAAUGUUUACUUGCAUAGUGGAGUGUCUUGUUUAAUCCCAACUCAUAACGUUACUACCAUGCAUGAAUCUGCAGGUAGCUAAAGCUAUCCAACUAGGUUCAGUGUUAGCUAGCUAGCUAACGUUAGGCUAUAACUAGCGACACAAAUGGCUUUCUGACAAAAUUAAAAAUUCUUACCUGUAUACCGGAUAAUAAUUGUCUACACAUUAACAAUGAUUCAUAUUUGUUCAUAUUUAAGUGACAUUUGCAUUAAAUGUGGGUUUUAACCCAUGUUUCAAGGUCAAAUAAAUGCCCCCAAUGCGAAUCACUGGAUAUGUAAUACAUAUUGGCUUAGAGCAAGAACUAUUCUCGGUGCAGCAGUAAAAGUAUUGUAGUGAAUACUCAGUAGGGUCUGUAGCAUGUAUAUAUGGUGUCAUUUCAUGGGGCUCUGAAUAAUACGGAGUGUUGCUGGCCUUUUACUCCGCCCAUUCCAUUGGUGGCCGAAUCACAUCAUAUGUGGGCUUACUGCACUACAGAAAACCUGCUAACCAAACAACAGUGCAGGGCAUGCUCACUGAAUUAAAGGGCAACUACACUCGAUCAACAUUUUUCCCAGACCUCAAAAGUCAUCCCCUGAUGUGGUUUAAGCAUUGCUGUGAACACAGAACAUGUAAUUUUGUGGGUUUUCUAUUAAAGAAGUGUGAAAAAAACGGGUAAACCCAGAAAAAAAUGGGGAAAUCUGAAACCUGGAAAAAUUAUAUCAACAAAAUCAUGCUGUGCAUGACUGCACUUUAGACUUUAGAGUGCGUGUCAUACUGCAGCACAGCAUUUUGAGGAAAGUUGUGGUCGGGUCCAAUAUUGACUAUGCACCCAAGAGGGAAAGAGGUUGGGCCAUCCUAGAAAUGUUUUAAUGAAAUAUAAUAUAUCAAAUUAGCAGACACUUAUCCAAAGCGACUUUUAUUUAUAUAUAUAUAUAUAUAUAUAUAUAUAAAUGGCCUUUAUUAAGCGGUGCUUAUGCCACCUUUUUAUAAAGCAUAGGUUUGUCAUAUAUACAUAGUGGGUUAUGUCACAUUUGACAUAGUUGGAUAUGUCACACAGUUAUGCCACAUUUAUGAACCCUUUAUAAAGCAUGACAUAUGGUUAUAGAUGUAACACAUUUAUGUAGUGUUUAUGGAGCCUUUAAGCUGCACGUCAUUUCAAGCGGGACCCAUUUGGGUCUACAAGUAUUAUUUCUAGCAGAAAUUCUAAUUUGAAUUUUCUGGAUGUAUUGUGUUUUACAGGUUUCUCAUGAGUUCCCUCUCAGUUUCAACCCUGCAAAUCCAUUCUGUGCAGGUAUGUGUGCAGACAGUUUUUGAAGGAAACCGUUAUAACAUGGUAAUUAAUAUAUAUGGUUUGGGAGUUUUUCACAGUUUGUGUGUGCGUCUACAGGCAUCGAGGGUAUAGUGGAGGCCUACAGAGUGUGUCUUCCCCAGGUGAAGCUCUACGGUCCCACUAACUUCUCUCCCAUCAUCAACCAUGUAGCCCGCUCCGCUCUGCAGGCUACCCAGCAGAAAACUGCCUCUGUGAGUAGUUAUGCUACAUACUGAACUGCCUCUGUGAGUAGCUAUGCUACAUACUGAACUGCCUCUGUGAGUAGCUAUGCUACAUACUGUACUGCCUCUGUGAGUAGCUAUGCUACAUACUGUACUGCCUCUGUGAGUAGCUAUGCUACAUACUGUACUGCCUCUGUGAGUAGCUAUGCUACAUACUGUACUGCCUCUGUGAGUAGCUAUGCUACAUACUGUACUGGCUCUGUGAGUAGCUAUGCUACAUACUGUACUGCCUCUGUGAGUAGCUAUGCUACAUACUGUACUGGCUCUGUGAGUAGCUAUGCUACAUACUGUACUGCCUCUGUGAGUAGCUAUGCUACAUACUGUACUGCCUCUGUGAGUAGCUAUGCUACAUACUGUACUGGCUCUGUGAGUAGCUAUGCUACAUACUGUACUGGCUCUGUGAGUAGCUAUGCUACAUACUGUACUGCCUCUGUGAGUAGCUAUGCUACAUACUGUACUGGCUCUGUGAGUAGCUAUGCUACAUACUGUACUGGCUCUGUGAGUAGCUAUGCUACAUACUGUACUGGCUCUGUAUGUACUGUAAGGUUUUCCAGCACACAGCUUUGACCUACUACGGUAGCUAUGUUGGUCUACUGUACUUCAAACAACAUGUAGGCAGAUUGCUUAGGAUUCCAUCCUCAAAUAGCCUAAUUUAUACUCCUCAUCCGCUUCUCCUCCCUCCUCCUCCAAGCAAUACUUUGUCCUCCUGAUCAUAACGGACGGUGUGAUCACGGAUCUGGACCAGACACGCUCUGCCAUCGUUAAUGCCUCCCGUCUGCCCAUGUCCAUUAUCAUCAUCGGUGUGGGCGGGGCCGACUUCACCGCCAUGGAGUUCCUGGACGGUGACGACGGGCGGCUCAGGGCGCCAACGGGAGAGACGGCUGCGCGGGACAUCGUCCAGUUCGUCCCCUUCAGACAGUUCCAGAACGUGAGUAGAUAGUCAUGCUGCUCUGCUCUCUGGAAAGGCUUCGAUGAUAGUAUCCAUAUGUUUCUACAACAUUGUUUAUAGGAUGACUGAGGUGUUGAUACCAUCGAAAAGGAUGUCCGCAAUUAUGGCAUCAUUGACUUGAAUGGGAAGCCUGUUCUACUCAUUCUAGGUCUGUGAUUGUAGUCUGGUGUAAUCUGUCUCCUGUGUACUGACUAACUGCCUGAUUUAACUAAGGAUGCCACCCAGCAUGGGUUUAACCACCUCAAAUGAUCAAAAGCAUCUCCUUUCCUAUCAUCAUAGAUCCUCAAUUGCUUAUAUCUGCAUCACUUCAACCAUCCCCCCAACCCUUAGAGCUUCUCCCACCCAGCAUUGUUACUGUACCCUCUCAUCUUGUUUCAGGCACCCAGGGAAGCUCUUGCUCAAAGCGUACUGGCAGAGUUGCCUGGACAAGUGGUGUCCUACUUCAGUAUACACAAACUGAAGCCUCCCCAUGACCCUGAGUCCCAGCCCUCAGCCCCGUCAGCCUCAGCCUUAUGAGUCCCAGCCUCAGCCCAGUACUUCGUAGAAAUGUAGGGAUACAUACCCCAAACGCUUCAGCUACUCCCCAUUGGCUUCUUCAACCCAACCCCUGUCUGUGUGCUUCCUUGCAUGGUACGCCUGUCCUAGCUAGUAACUAGCUUAGAAUAAUCGUAGUGCAUGGCUGCUUGCAGGGCCCACCCAGUCCUAUUGUUGUCAUUUGUGAUAGAAAUCGACUUAACGGUUUAUUUUGUAUGAAAAUAAAAAUACAAGUUCAUGGUCUUGAGGGACUUGAAUGAAUGAAAGUAGUCCCAUUCAAUGCAUUGUUCUGCUCACCCCUGUAUUGUCAGCCUGGUAUUUAAGCGUUAUCCCUUCCUCUGCAUUUUCCUUCGUUAUUGUCUCUUAACUUUCUCCAUUAUCCUCUCUUUUCUCUCCAGUCUCCUAAAGAGGCUCUGGCCCAGUCUGUGUUGGCUGAAGUCCCUGGUCAGGUGGUCACCUACUUCAACAUGAACAAGCUGAGUCCUCCCAACACUGACGCUCCCCCUGCCUCCGUCCCUACACCAGCAGCUACCGCAGACAGGCCCACCCUCACCUCCUAGUGCCCAGGAGAGGAACCAACAACCAACCCCAGUACCCAGCACUCCAACCUAUCCCCACCUCACAGAAGACAAAGUACACUGUCAGGAUGAGUAGACAGUCGCUCAUCUCAGUAGCUACCAUAAGCACUCUCUGCUAUCUAUCAUUGUGUCAAAGGGAUCAUGACCGGUUAACAAAUCUCUAGCCAUUACUAACUAGCAUGCGUCAGGUUGAAUUGAGCAGGGUGGAAGUUUUGUAGGGGGAACUUCUCCAAGUUAAAACAAAACACUGCAUGUGUACUUACAGCAACCAACCACACAUUGGUCCAGUCUGGCUUGUUCCCAAUCUCCGUCAAUAGGCCAAGCCCACAGCAUGUGUACAUAUACUCAUAUGCACAGUGCCUAGUGAAAGUCUACACAUCCUCUUGCACAGUUGUCACAUUUUGCUGCCU